GCGCGAUCUCAGACCCUCAACGAAGGCGAAGCGAACCCUAACCGUCGUCAAAUCUUGAAGCCUCUCACUAGCCCUCCAGGGCUACUCAAGCAUUGGCCUCCAGAGCCCAAGUCUCCAAGUCGCCUUUGCCCCCGACUCGCCACCAGAAGGCCUCCCUCCUCAAACGUCGUCAUUCCGUCACGUACAUUCUACACCUUCAUUCAUCUCUUCGUUCAUUUGACCACAGUCGCUAUUUCUUUACUCGGGCUCGUCGUUUCUCCUUUUUCGUCCUCUUGUAAUUAUCUAAUCUUGUCGCUCGCUCAUAUUCGACCCAAAUCAGUCGCAGCAACUCAACUGCUGUCGAACGGUCAUCGGAUCUUCAGAGUUUUCUUGAGCAUACCGAGGCAGCACAGGCGAGCGGCUUGUCCCGCGUUCAACUCACGCGCAACAUCCAAGAGCACGCCACUCUUGCUCAACGUCGACUUUCUCAUUAACUUAAACAAAGCAUCGAGUCUUGGAAUAUUUCGUACCUGGGUGGCUUUUUACUGUUUUUCACUGGGGCAAACAAACUCGGUGGUGGAAAGGCUUGGAAGAAUAUGCAUGGAAAACCAGAUGUGGAUGCUAUACAGACGUCUCUCCGGGUGCUUAAUGGAGCUAAGACUGCAUACCCCGCGAUCGUCCUCGUCGUUUUCUUCUUCGCCUUCAUCUUUCAUGGGAUCAAAACAGCGCCUGAUGAUGGAGACAAGGUCAAAAUCCAUCCCAUGCGUGGGCCGGGAGGAAGGCCUCUUCCCCUCCGCCGGAAAUCCGCCAAUCAAGUCAAGGAAGCCGCGGCAGUCAAGGACUUGCCACCAGCAAGCAAGACUUUCUUCAAGAUCGUUCAGGUCGGCGUCAUUUUGACUUUUCUGCUCAAUGCCGGGGUUCUUUUGCUUGAGACCUUGUUGAACCGCGCAGACGAAUGGUGGCCUGGCAAAAAUGCAGUGAUAUACGUUAUAGCUUCCACAUUCCUCUGGCUCGUGGUCUUCAUCUCGAUCCUUGAUGUCAAGCCCUCGCCGACUUUUGCCCAUUUCCUCACUUGGAUUUGUGCCAUCCCUCUGGAGAUUACCAUCACCGUUGCCAGCCUUCGAAUCUACAGUGUCCCUCAUUUUGAGCCUCGAGUUGGGGAUCAAUUGGGGGGUCAAUACAGAGAGUCGAUCACGGGAUGGGAAGUUGUCGAAGUUAUUGCUUACCUCGUCCGGAUCAUCCUGCUGGUCGGCCUUUGCAUCGUUUUUCUAAGCAUCAAGAUCCCGUUCAGAAAACCCAAAGAUUCGUGCUCGGCAUCACAAAAUGAAAGGACUCCUUUACUGCGCGGAGAUGCAGAAGCGGGAAAUCGCCCCAACGGACAUGCACCUGGUCAUGGCCCAAAUUCGGAUUCCAAGGAGCAAGUCGAUGCUUGGGCAAAACCAACAGAAGUUCCCAACAUUACCUGGUAUGCCUAUCUCAGAGGCUUUGUACUGCUGAUACCAUACCUUUGGCCGAAAAAGUCGCUCAAAUUGCAACUUCUGGCAGGAAGCUGCUUCCUCAUCAUGAUUGCACAGCGAGUUAUCAACGUCUUCGUACCUCUGAUGGUGGGGAAAAUCACCGAUGCUCUAUCUGGCGACGAUGGUCGGGGAGUUCGUGCACCUUGGCUCUACAUAGGCUUGUACAUCUUGUUCAGGUGGCUCCAAGGAUCUCAAGGUAUUCUAUCGGCUACUAGGUCUAUACUGUGGAUCCCGGUCGAGCAAUACUCCUAUCGCGCCAUUUCAACAGCGGCAUUCGAGCAUGUACACGGACUGAGCGCAGAGUUCCAUACUGGCAAAAGAACUGGUGAACUGAUUUCAGCAUUGAACAAGGGUAGUGCCAUCAACUCAUUCCUCGAGAUGGUGACUUUUCAGGUCGGUCCUAUGGUAUUCGACCUUGUCGUCGCUGUCGUCUACCUCACAAUCAAGUUCGACGCAUAUCUGGGAAUGGUGGUUGCAAUGACGACGUUCCUUUACAUUUAUGUCACCAUACGCCUUGCAUCGUGGAGAGUUGCGCUACGUCGUAAUUACGUCAACGCCGAACGAGAGAUGGAAGCAGUAAAGAACGACUCUUUGCAUUCUUGGGACACGGUCAAGUACUUCAACGCCGAGGAUUACGAGUUCAACCGGUAUAGAAGUGCGAUCAAGGUCAUGCAGAGUUACGAGUACUGGGUCGACGUUACCUUGGCCUAUAUGAACACUGUGCAGGGCGCACUCUUCAUGAUCGCGUUACUGAUCGCCAGUUUCAUAGAAGCCUUUGAAGUCGCUCAAGGCGACCAGACCGUUGGCAAGUUUGUGCUUCUCAUCACGUACAUGGCACAAUUACAGGGUCCUUUGAAUUUCUUCGGCACAUUUUACAGGUCGAUACAAUCGAACCUGAUCAAUGCAGAAAGGAUGUUGGAAUUGUUCAAGGAACAACCUCAUGUCGUGGACAGAGAAGGCGCAGAGACACUUGCAGAGUGUUCAGGUGACAUUAUCUUCGACAAUGUUUGCUUCAGCUACGACAAGCGACGGAAUGCUCUUGAUCGACUAACGUUCCGCUGUCCUCCAGGUACUACAACCGCUCUUGUCGGUGAGUCCGGUGGGGGCAAGAGCACAGUCAUGAGGUUGAUCUUUCGUUACUACAAUCCUGAGUCGGGCAAAAUCAAGAUCGAUGGUAAAGAUGUCCAGGAUAUCACCAUCGAUUCUCUUCGCAGGUUUAUUGGUGUGGUCCCACAGGACUGCAAUAUGUUCAAUGAGUCGAUCAUGUACAACCUUCGAUACGCAAACCAAGAAGCUACCGAUGAUGACAUAUUUGAUGCCUGUAAAGCCGCUUCAAUCCAUGAGAGGAUAAUGGAGUUCCCUGAUGGUUACGACACAAAAGUCGGAGAACGAGGAGUUCGCCUUUCGGGUGGAGAGCGUCAAAGAGUGGCUAUCGCGAGGACGAUAUUGAAGAAUCCGCGUAUCACGAUGCUUGAUGAGGCCACAGCUGCUCUGGAUACCGAGACUGAAGAAAAGAUCCAAGAGUCGUUCAACACUUUAGCCGAGGGACGGACCAUGCUGAUUAUUGCUCAUCGGUUGAGCACAAUUGUCAAUGCAGACCAGAUCUUGGUGCUAUCACACGGUACCGUGGUUGAAAGGGGCACGCAUGAGGAGCUUAUUGCCCUUGCAGGCAAAUAUGCGAGUAUGUGGCGCAAACAGUCCCGGGCUCAGAAAGCCGCCGCAGAGGCCGCCGAGCUGAGAAUCCGGGCGAAGAAAGCCUUGGAAGAUGCAGAGGCCGAUAGUGCCAGUGUGAGUGAAGAAGAACUUGAACAGGCAAGGAAGAGGGACAAAUCGGCUGGUAGGGGUCACAAAAGGGUCAACUUCAGCCAAAGCAGUAACUUACGGUCGGCUUGGCCUAUUGGGGAUCGGGAUCAGGAUCAAAGAUCAGAAGAUUCUCGUGAAGACCACGGAAACGGGCACCCUGGAAAGCCACCUGGACAUCCUUGAAUGGAUAUUGUCAGAAUGAUUGAGACGAAUGACGAGAGUGGAUGAGAGCUGGCUUAUAUGUGGUGGUGUCAUUCACCUUUUCGGGCUUUCUGUUGGACCUUUCUUGCACAUAAUUCUGGGGACUCUUUGGUGAAGGUUGACAGGAGCAAAAGCAAUCACGAAAUGAGGACUUGAGACGAGGAUGGAGAGCGGAAAUUACGAGCUUUGCGACGACCGUGACGAUCACGACGAAGGAGGUAAUUUGCAGUGGAUGUUUUUCUUUUUCUCUCGGAUCUAAAAUUAAUGAAGAGCACCAGCCUCGCGGCGAAAAGAACGGAAGAAAUUGAUUGGAAAUUGGACCCAGCAGAAAAAGAAUCCGAGGAGAGCAAGAGCUUAUGCAACGAACACAAUGGAGGCGAAGCGAGGAUAUUAUGCUUUGGUUUCUAAGGCCACGAAGAUUGUCCACUGGCUGUGGUCUUUCAUUUGAGACAACAAGAACUACUUAGCAAGCGACAAAGUGUUUAGUUUUGAGAUAGAAAAGUGCUGUUAUGAGUGGUUGAUGAGACUGAUUCUCGCUUGUGCCGCUUAGCAAUCAGUUAAAACCUGGACACUGACAUUUGACAUCUCGUGUACUCCAUAUAG